AAAAAAAAAAAGUCACCGAAGAAGUGAGAGAAUCUAACAUGGCGGUGCCCUACAGAGGCAUUCACUGACAGGCAAUGACUUAGGUCAAAAUAACAGCUUUAAUCUUAAAACCCGAAUAAGAAGAAGACCCAGGAGCUAAUAUGUUUCCAGAGACGGCUCAGUGUUUAAAAAUGGCGGCUCCGCUGUUUCCUCACACCGUUUUCUUGAAGGAUUUGAGUCGGUUGUCCACACAUGGAGCUGCCGGCUGCCUCCAGGCCCGGAGACACUUCGGUGUCAGCCGCAGUCUGACAGGCAAGGUUCUCCCUCCGCGCAAACCCAGGGAGACAGUGGCGAUCCCCGGCCUGGAGAUGGUCACCUACGGGGAAAUUAUGCACUAUGCGCCGGGGCUGGCGAAGCCCGCUAACCCACACUGGGAGAGGGACUACAAAGACCCCAGACAUUACAGAUCUCCUCCGACCCAGGAGAUGCCACUGUACAAGGAGAAGCCGUGCUAUGUGUACAACCAGAGGACCAACGCACUGGAAGGCGUGCGUCAAGCUGUGUGGUUGACCAAAACCAAGCUGAUCUCUGGUCUGCCGCCUCAGCUGCUCUCAUUGGCAGAGAGACCUACCAAUCAGAUACCAGAUCAGGAUGAACAAGUACAGAACGCCAUCAAACACGCCCGCUUUUGGGACACAACAGAGGACCGGCCAGGCAAACAGAAAUACGGCAACACUUUGCUCUUCAACCUGCUCCAUCUGUGUGCCACUCUACAGCCCAGCCACCCAGCCAUCGGUAGGAGGAUCUUUGCUGAGAAAUACUCAUUGGCAGCUACAUGGAGAAGAGGUGAGGACCUGUUCCAGGUUAGGGGUCAGAACGGUUUGCUGCAUAACUGCAUGGACCCUCUUCCAGAGGUGUCUGGAAAACAGGAAGUGGCAGACACGGCCGAUCACGUCCUGGAAACCUUCUAUCCUGUCUCCCCCAACAUCGACCUGCAGAAAGUACACGUAUACAAAGAGAAGGUGAACUGCUCAGGUUUCAGGGGCGACUACCCUUACCCUCAUGCCCACACACUUUACUUCUUGGAGGAUGCUGAUGCUCGCUGUAAGCUCCGCCCAGAACAGUUCAGAGCCAAGAUGGUCAUGUUCAGCUUUGCAAACGCUCUGGCCCGUGCACACAAACUUUAUGGGACCCAGCCCCAGCGUGUGUUAGACCGUCCUAUAACCGUACAGGCAGUCGGGACAAACGGUCGAAUUUUCCAGUUUCUGGUUUUCCAGCUCAACACCACAGAUCUGUCAGGAGACGACGGCAUCAAGAACCAGGUGUGGCUGGAUGAUGACGUGGAGCUCUACGAUUUUGCAAAAGUGCGACCUCUCAUCAAGAAGAAACAAGUGAAGGUACCAGCUGGUCUGGCAGGAUACAAGCCUGAAACAUUCAGCAAGUUCCUGGCCCUGUACCUGCACGGAGCUGUGUAGGGCUGUGUCUGGGAUCUAAAGUCAUCAGAAAAGUCCUCCUUUUCUUUGGAACCGUCAGUGAUGAGGCUUCACAGCGUGUUCAUUUGUUUGGAUCAUUUUAACAGAAUGAAAACUACAAAACUCAUUUCAACACACCCAACGCCAUCACUCUGUUCUCACCACUGUCAGAGUUCUCAAUGAAAUAAAUUGUCAUUCUGAAUAUUUA